UUUUAAAUAUCACAAUAAACUUUAAAUAUUUCAGAGUGAAAGUCGGAACGUAGUCGGAACGUACGUCCGACAGUGUUUUUUCAUAAAUAAAUAUUGGAAACCAAACUAAAUAAAAAGCUCAAUCACAGAAAAAAAUAAUGUUAGGUUUGUUUUAGUUGAUUAAUAACAAAAAACGGUACAAAGCAAAAGUAAUUAAAAAUGAGCAUUACAGAUAAUGCGUUGUAUGGUAAUACCGAUGGUACACAGAAACAUAGUUUUUCUCAAAAAGAAUUUCUCAAUGACUAUAUUAUAGAGACACUCUCUUCCAAGCGUAAAGCUGAUGAGAUUGAUAAACUAAAACUGCGUUUAAAAGAGAAAUCAAUUUUGUUAGAGAAGGCAAACACCUUUAAAAAAAAAAAAGUAAACACUCUAAAAGUUUCUAGGAAACUUAACAAACAAUUCGGUUUGCAUGAGGUACCCAAAUGUGCCAAGUAUAUAGACUUUCUUCCUUUACAUAGUUUAUGGCUGCAGUAUAUCAAAUCCAAUUUUAAUUCUGUUACUCUUAAAGCUGAUGAAAAACUUUUGAGAAUCGAUUUUCAUGGAGCUCAAAUCAAAGUAAGAAAUUCUAAGUGCAAGUCUUAUAUAGGACUAAAUGGAAUAGUUGUCAAAGAAACUAAAAAUAUUUUUGUUAUAAUAACAAAAAAUGAUGAAGUAAAACGAAUUCCAAAGUCAAUGUCAAUAUUUGAAUUAAAAUUGAAUAAUUUUUUAGUAAAAAUUGCUGGUGAUGCCAUAUGCGUUUUACCAUCAAUUCGAGCUAGUAAAAAGUUUAAAUCUACUAAUAAAGUAAAUCACCUUCUAAUUACAUCAAAUUUUUAGUUAGAAAUCUGCAUUAGUAAUUACAAAUAUGUUUUUUGUGCAAAUUAUUAACAAUAUAUAUAAUAAAAAAUAGUCAUUGA